AUGGUUGCAGGAUGGAGAAAAGCGUUUUACACAUCCAAAGACAAAGACUCCAUCUCCAAAGUGCUAGUAGAGACACAACCCCAACAUUUGGACUUCGACAACAUCAAUGGAAGUCCUCAAAUCAACCUCAGUUGUAGAACCUCUGACUCCAAUUCUUCACUUUCCGACCACAAAAGCAACAACAGUCCCAAGUGGUCAUCCUCAUCAUCCCCUAAUUCUCCAUUAUCUUAUUACACUCUUCUCAAAUCUACCUUAGGCCUUUCCAAAAGUUUAUGUGGAAUUUGUUCUCAGAGUGUGAAAACAGGUGAAGGAAAAGCGAUUUUCACAGCAGAAUGUUCUCAUAUUUUUCACUUUCCAUGCAUAGCAGCUCACGUGAAAAAUCAACAAAUCGUCACGUGCCCCGUGUGCGGAACUAACUGGAACGAUCUUCAACCAGAGAAAACUAACACAGCACAAAACGUCAAAACGACGGCGUCGUUGAAGCUCCCAAACUACAACGACGACGAGCCACUCUUGUCGUCUAGCUCCGUUUCACGUUUCAACACCAUACCUGAAUCAGAUGAAAACGAAGAAGAAGAAUAUCAAGAAGGAGAAGAAGAAGAUGAAGAAAACAAAGAACCUAUUGAAUUUCAAGGCUUCGGUGUUUCUUCAACUAGAACAUUCGAUGCGUUCUGGUUACCAGAGUCUGCUCUUAUUGCAUCUAAUAAGAGCUUUCAGACUUUAAUUGCAGUGUUAAAGGUGAAGGCAAAGCCGUAUAAUGUGGUGGCAAAUCGGCCGCCGGUGGAUCUCGUGACGGUGAUUGAUAUCGAUUCUUCUGUUUCCGGUGAAGAUUUUUUAGUGCUGAAACAUUCAAUGCAAGUUAUAAUCUCUUCGCUCGGUUCAUCAGAUCGUCUCUCGGUUGUUACAUUCCCAGGCGGACCCAAACGGUUGUUUCCGUUGCGUAGGAUGACCGGCCGCGGUCGUAGAUCAGCGCGUCGCAUUGUAGACGCGCUUGUUUCUAAUGAGGUAAGCGGCAAUGAAGCUCCGGCAAGGAAGGAGGCGCUGAUGAAAGCGGCGAAAAUUCUAGAAGAUCGUCGGCAGAAGAAUCCGGUUACCAAAAUCAUACUCCUUACAAACGGUUACGAAGAUGGGAGAUUAUCUUCCACGCGCUUCUCUCAAUUGGAAAUCCCUGUUCACGCUCUUAACUACUCACGCGCGCUUCAUGACAGCGCGUUUUCAGAAAGCGUCGGAAAUUUAUUGCGCGUGGUUGCUCAAGACAUCAAGUUCGAAUUCCAAAACACAGUGGCAGGGGAGAUCGCCGCCGUUAAAUCACCGUUUUCCGCCACACUCCGAGAUCUCCACGCGGCGGAGGAGCGUGAGUUCGUUGUUGAGUUAAAAGUGCCUUCAUCGCAUGGGUCCCACAACCACGUUCUUUCCGUACGGUCCUCAUAUCGUGACCCAUUCACUCAAGAGGUUGUUCAUUCCAAGGAGCGUUUGAUUAGUACUCCACGCUCCCUCCCCAUUGGAUCGUUAAAUCCUAAGAUCAAACGGUUGAUACGGUUACACGUCAACACUCGCGCUCGAGCAAGCACGGACGUGAAGAAAUCUAAUCCUGAAAUGGCUCAGGAAUGUUUGCGAAGGCUUCAAGCCGAAGAAAAGGUUGAGCCGUUCACGCCGAUAUCGGCUUGGAAAGCAGCUGAGAAACUGGCUAAAGUGGCUAUGAUGAGAAAGUCUAUGAAUAAAGUCAGUGAUUUACAUGGCUUUGAGGAUGCCAGAUUUUAA